UGUAAAACAACAAACUGUGUUCGCUGCAGCUUUUCUAUCAGAUGUAAAAUGGACGGGCGGUCGUGUCGUUGCGCGCUCGCGAACUCCGCGUGUUCGUUGUGAAAUCGAUGUUUAUUGUUUUAUAUUUUGACGUGAAUACGAAUAUUGUUUACGCGAUUGUACGACUACUUCGGUGUUCGGUUGCCGAAGGAGAUUGUGUUUAGUGCAUGUGUUUUUUGUAUGACGUUAGCGCUCACUUGCAGUGAUUUCGCUGAUAGCUCACUCACCGGUGGGUGCGCGCGUGAUAAACUACGUGUUCGGUACGAAAAAAGGCGAUUAAUCGUCUAGUGUGGGUGUUUUACAGUAGCAUCAUGCUGUGUACGGUGACAUAGUGAACGUUGAAUAGACCCUGACCUCUGGCAAUCAUGUCUGGGCGAUCGGAUUGCAGGAAAUUUGCACCAAACAUCUUCAAUAAGAGCAAAUGCACUAAUUGCUUCCGUCAGAAAGAGGAGCAUAGUGCCGAGGCUUUGGAAUCUAAUCGGGCAAGCCGAAAGAUAUCAAAAUGUGGGUAUCUGUUCGUGGCUCCAGGGUGGGACUUCUCCAAUCCGCUCUACAGAACAAAGAGAUGGCAGCGGAGGUGGUUCGUCCUAUACGACGAUGGAGAGCUGACGUAUUCCUUGGACGAACACCCAGACACAGUCCCUCAAGCCAGCAUCGACAUGACGACCGUGCUGGAGGUGAGCGAGGCGGACAGCGUGACGGGGCACGCCUAUAGCCUGGCCAUCACCGCGCCUGAGAGAGUCACCUUCGUCAAGGGCACCUGUAGAGAGGAGGCCCGGUGGUGGUCGGAUGUCCUCAGCGUUUAUCCUAGGAGUAAGGGUCGACAUAAGAGGAAUGCGACAUUUCCCGGGGGCCAGACUGCAAGUCUGCUGCAGUCUUCAACAACUCGAAAAUAUUCAGCAGACGCGUCAACUCUGCGUGACGUAGCAGACGGGUGCCAGGCCACCAGGCCCCGCUACUGCUCCGGGGGUACCACCACCUGGCCGGGCCCCAGGGUGCAGCCGCCGCAGCCUGAGAUCCCCAGCCUAGCUGCGCCAACUCCCAUCGACACCAAAGUAUACACCGAUCAGCCAGUAUCAUCAGCGUCCCCCCCGACCCGGGACAAGAUCAACGGGGAGGAGAAGGCUCGCUCCCGCCGCAGGGAUACCUGGGCCGAGCCUACCACGCCGCCCGUUACUGAUGAUGCCUCCGUGGGUGUUCGCUCGCCACUCCUGCAGCACCAGCAUCAGCAGUAUGAUGAGCAGCUCCGAGACAUCGCAGCGUCGCUCACCAGGCCCCGGUCCCGACGAGCGCUACCACCCACCCUCGAGAGACCCACGAGGCUGCCACCGCCUGAACGAUUGUCGGCUCGCGGUUCACCAGACGGUGGAGCACCACCAGAAGAAGCCAGCUCUAGUUCAGCAAGCGAAGGCAGCGAGCCUGCUGACGUGGCCGAACCAACUGAAAACGGAGAGGGCGGCAGGGUCGAACUGCCUGCUGAAAGACUACUCCACGCCAGGGCUGGCUGGCUGCAGAGAAGGGGCCCUGGCGGCUGGUCGCGACACUGGUUCGUGCUGCGAGGGGCAGCCCUGCUCUACUUCAGGGACCCUCACGCAGAACACAGAGGACUGAUGGACGGAGUGAUAGAUUUGAGCGGGAUAUCUAGGGUUGUGGAACUGCCUAAUUCUACUAAUGGAUAUGCUUUUGAGACUGAGACUUGGGAUGGGAAACAUAUAGUUCUGUCUGCAGUUACGGCAGGGAUAAGAGCUAACUGGGUAUCGGCCAUGAAACGGACAGCCGGCCUACCCGAUACAGGACCAUUAUCAUUGAUAUUACGAGAGGACGCAGUUGACCAAGCGUCAGAAUCAUCUACAUCACCUAUAACACCCGUCACUCCCAUCACAGCCAGAUCAGCGCCAUUCUCAUCUGACGAGGAAUACCGAACAGCUUCAGAAGGUGGGCGACGGGAUAGUGCUGACUGGGGAGACAUGGGACCUCAACCACCUCCGUCCCCACUACUCACGAGAACUCCCAUAUCUAAAGUCAAAGAAAAGGUUCGCAUCAGAAGUUCUCACCAGGCACCACCGCGAGCAGACACCCCUAAAGGUGAACGAGACGAAAUUGACUCAACCAAAGAUAAAGAACGUUCCAUCGACGAAGUUGAUGAAAACGAAAAACCCGUCGAAGCGAGGAAACGUAGCUACAUAUCGACUAUCGACAAACAAUCCAUCGAAAUCGACGAUCUAAGAAAACAGCUGAAACUUGCGCUUAGCGACGUUGGUGCGGCUGAAGCUGAGAUCUCGAGGCUACAGAAACUAAAAACAGAGGCUGCUUUACAAGAAAAGAAAAUGGAAGAGUUGGUAACUACACUGCAGAAGAAAGAAGAAGAACUGUCGGUAAGAACUAAAGAGGCUGAAAACCUAGAUGCGAUAAAAGAGCUUUACAACCAAGACAAGAGUCUUUGGGAGAGUAAGUUGACGGAAACACAGAACUUCUUAAAAGAAUCGACUGAACAUUGUGAAUUACUGACGAGACAGCUCGCUUCAGCGCAAGCCACGAUAGCGCAGUUACAGCUGGAAGUAAACGAACUCAAUGAGAAACUACUAAAGAGCGUCAAAGAAAGUGAUAGCCUAUACACAAGAAUAAGGGAUCUUGAAGGUAGAUCACUUGUGGAAUCUGCGAUACCCACCAAGGAGAAGAGAAAGAGCAUCGGUUCCCUCAGUGAUCUUACUAACUUAAAUCAGGACAUAAACCUAGAGUCGAUGGAAAAAGACAAGCUAAUAGAGGAGUACGUAGAGUUGAGAGACCGGUUCGUGAAGGCCAUACAAGAAAUCAAAGCCAUGAAGAAAGAAUUGCGAGAUUCACAUAACAUGUAUGAUGAGCUCGAAGUCACUAACUUGAAGUUAAGAAAUGAGAUGAAGCUAAGAGAGCAGUGCAGCAGAUCCGAGAUAGAUUUGAUGGCAGCUCGCAUACUCGACCUGACACAGAAGUUAACCGCUUCAGACAAACAGGUUCGAACGCUAAAACACAAAAUUCAAAAGUCUGAAUCUAGAGAGAAGAGACGCAGUUUGUCAUUAAAAGGCAGAGAGUCCUUCACUCUAGGAAAAGAAGUAGAAGAGAAAUUAACAGAGCUCGAAAAUAAAAUCACAAUGCUAGAAUCUGGCGAACACGUCCCAACGAUAAACUCUCCCUCCAAAAGUGCGUCACCUGCCAAAGAAAAAUCUUCCAAGUCAGAAAAUCCUACCGACGAGAAAAGGAUGAAACGACUCGCCGCGCGACUGAGGAGGAAGUCUCUCGACAGCGCCACCAGCUCCGAGCCUAUGAAGAUGUUGGUAAGAUUGAGUUCGCUAGAAACCAAAGUAGCCUCCGCGCUUGAGAACCGCAAGGACCUCACUAACUCUUGCGAGUCUUUAAGUCUGGCGACCAGAUCCACAGAGAGUCCAUCGUUCAAUGAGAGCCCUGAGGCUUCCAGCAUCGGCACGCAGUCACAGAGACAUCUACUAGAAAGGCUACAGAGUCUAGAGAAUGUGGUAAUACACUCUCGAAAUAAGGUGAACGAGUGUCUCUGCCAAAUGAGUGCCAUGCGAGCGGCCAAGUCGCGCAGAUCGCCCUCGCCGAGUAUCGAGAAGAAAUAUAGCCUGAAGUCGAUGGAGAAAUGCCUCACCGAAGUCAGCAAGAGGCUACAGGAGUGCUUCGAUAAGUGCGUCGUUGACUUUGACCAAAACCAAAAUAUUAACCAAAACCAGGACGAAAUAAAUGAUAGCGUGGCACAAGUAGUGGUACAGCUAGAGGAACAACUGAGAGCAAAACUCCUGGAGAUCUCGAAGCGAAAGGCGGCACUAUACGAAGCAGGCGAGCUGACGCAACGGAAGAGUUUGGAGAUAUUGGCAGAGAAGUUGGCAUAUGAAGCGGUCCUCGUCGGCAGGAUACAGGAGGCGCUCGAGUCUUCAAACGGCAGCCGGUUCUUCGCGCGAUUAAUAAAGUCUGAAAUUAUCGAAACUAGUCAACUAAUAGAUAACCUCAAACGAAAGAUCAACGGCGAGAGCAGCAGGAGCGGCGCCGGCACCAGGAGCUCACUCGACUACCUCGCCAUGAUCCUCACGCGCAAGAUCGACAUCGUCAACGGGUCGCAGGAGGCGCGUGAGCGACGCCGCUCCGAGCUCAUCAUCCACGGAGCCGACCUCGAGGCACUCAAAGCAUCGCAGCGCGAAGUCGCCGAGGCGGUAGAGAGGUACAAGAGCGAGAAGCUCGCCGAGCUGUGCACCGCGCUCGCCUGCGAGACGCUCAGCUACGCCGCGCCCGCUGACGGCGACAUCGAACGCCAGCGCGCCAACCUGGAGGCUGCACGCGUGCGCGAGGCCUGGGCCGCCGCGCGCGACGCGCUGGGCGCCGAGCUCGUGCAGGCGGAGGUCACGCGUGCGCUCGCACGUGCGGCCGCCGCCUGCGACCAGAGCCUCGACCAGGCACGACGCGCCAGACUCACGCUGACCGCGCAGGACCGCGCCGACCUGGAGCUGUGGUGGCAGGCAGCGCACGACCACCUGCGCUGUGAGAUGGAUGCCGCCGUGAAGGACAUCGCGGUGCGCUACCGCAGCUGCCUGGCAGCCGAGCGGCGGGAAGGCUCUCCGGGGCUGGACAGCCGCGCGCUGCUGCAACAGUUGGCCGAGGCGCUGGCGCAGCGCGCACUUGUGGACGCGCGGGUGGCUGUGCUGGCCGGCACGUACCAAGCGUCGGGUCCGCGCGAGUCCGCCGGCCCGCGGCGCUCCGCGGAGGACACGAUCUCCUCGCUGGAGGCGGACCCCGCCCAGGAGGCGGAGUUCGUCUACCUGUUCCAACGAUUCUCGACCGAGUGCCGAGCGCUCUUCUCCAGUGACUGUUCGGGUAACAGUGAAGACUCGAUGAAGAUCGGCGAGAGCCUCGAGCGGGUGGAGGCGGCCGUGGCCGAGGUGCAGCGCCAGCUGUGCGCGCGGGGGGCGGAGAGCGUGGCGGGGGCGGCGGGGAGCAGCCCCGAGCCCCCGGCCUCCGGCGUCAGCGCGCUCGAUCGCAUCGACGCGCUGCGCCGUCGUGUCGAAGCUCUGCAAGCGCUGGUGCCCUGCCAGCACUGCAAGCAGCUGCAGGACGCGUUAGACAGGUUGCAUGAGGAACGCGCUCGAGGCGAGUGCGCGCUGGCGCAGCAGGCGAGCGCACUGGCCGCCGCGCGACGAGCACGCGCACAGCUGCAGGCGCAGCACGAGCGCGAGCGCGCCGCCCUGCGCGAACGUGCCCGUACACUACAGCGUCGCCUGGCCGCGCUCGACUCUGAGUACUCCGCACAGCUGGACAACUUGCGGGCUGCUUAUCAGAGCGCGGUGGCGGCGGACACGCACGGCGACGGGCUGCGGGCGCGGUACCAGCAGGAGAUCGAGCAGCUGCGCGCCCUGUGCGAGAAGGGGCUGCUGGCCAUGGAGUCCUCGCACCGCCGCAUCGUGCGCGAGAUGGAGGACAAGCACAGAGCUGAACGUGAACAACUCAGGCUAGACAAAGAGCAGGCCCUAGCAGAAGAGACUCGCGCGACGUUAGCCGCACUCGAUGCGAUGCGCAAAGCUCACGAGAGUGAAGUGAGGCGCGAGGUCGACAAGUUUAAAGCAGACUUCCUCAGCCGCGCCACCGGCGGAGACCUCUCGCAGCUCAACUCUAGGCACCAAGCUGAAACGACCAACGACGAAGCUAGCUUGGGUUCAAAUGUGCACCACAUACCCAUUAAUGUCUCCAGACAGGAGAUGGAGGAGAUCAAGAGGGAGAUCCUCUCGCUUUCUGAGAAGUACUCCGUCAAGUGCGUGGAGUCGGCAGCGUUGGAGGAGCGGCUGGCGACUGCCACCGCUCAGCUUGCGCAGGCGCAUAACCAUAUCAUGCAGCUCGAUGCCAGAAACAAACAACUACGCGCUCACCUAAUAUCGGAAGCGAACGAAAUGAAAAACGCCGAAGCGUCCACUCUCUCCCAGCUCAUAGAGGAAACUGGCUCGCAUGUGGCGCCGCCGCUGUGGGUGCGCCUGCGCAGCCUCGCCGCCGCCUCGCACAACCGCACCGAACACACAGGCGAAGUCUUCGAGAGCGAGUCCGCUGCUGGAGGCUGCGAGACCGGCGCGUCCCGCCAAGAUACAGUACGCGAAGACAGAGAGCACGCGAAACCUGCAGCUGUCACCCGUACAGAACUAAAAGCGCCGAAGCGCUGCUCGGCAAGCGGUCGAGCAACCCUCGGGCCGCUCGUCGGCAUGGUCGCCGAGCGCAAGAAGCGCUUCGAGCUGUGACCGACGCGACCGACGCGACGGACACGACCGACGCGACCGACCGUCGGACGCACACGCACCCACCACGCACGCACCUGGCCACUCGCUUCACCCCACAUCACACCAUAUAUCCGACAUUAUUAUAAUCACAGUUAACUAAAUAUCCAAAUUAAGUUAAACGUUAUAGGAACUCUAUGGUAUCAAUGUACUAAUGUUUUUUAUUAUUAUUAUUUAAUAUUGUUAAGACCAAAUACCUAUCUAUGAUAUGAUAAAGUGGCCAGAACUUUACUCCCACCCACCACACAAUUGUAUAUAAUCUUUGAGAAGGUAUAUAAUGUACUAAUGUUUCUAAGUGUAGUUUAGUCGAUUCGGUUAGUGAUGUGACUUGUGUAAAUUAUAUACUUAAUGUAAAUACUAACUAUUGUAUCCUCAUUGUUUGUUUUCUGUAUGUUAAUCUUUAAGACGUUGUUACCAAAUAUUUCCUUGUAUUUAAUAUGUUUUGCGAGCAUUGGGGACGCAAUUAACGGUAUUUUUGUCUUGUACCUACAACUGUAUUAUUUAAAGCUCUAUUUAUUUUCUUUUUUGUUUAUUUAAUCCAUUCUUAGGUUUAAUUUUUAGUUAUCAUCCUCACAAUGUCUCUCUACUUAAAUAUUGUACUAAAGCCGAGUAGUUGCGUCUCCAGCGUAACUUUAUGCAUUGUAACCGUAUUUUGAAAGCGUGGACUUAUUUGUACGUGUGUCUAGAAUUUAUUACUAAAGUUUUUAUAAUCGCUUCAUGGCAUUUAUAAUCCAGUUACUUUGGCUAAAAAAAUGUAUUUAAAAAAUAUAAAUUGCGCGCGAAAUUUUCAAGAUGUCGGACGCGGAAUGUAAAUGCCAAUGAACGGUUAGUAUAGAGGCAUAUUUAUAUACUUUAUAUCUUAAUAUUAACAUGUUUACGAAAAAUAAAAUAUAUAAUUUGCGUUAAUUUUGACUUUGAGCUCCACCUUUAUUAGCGUGUGCAACUGUUACCAUUCUCCUCGACUCUGGGCAUUGAACCGUCUUCCAUCGCACCCUUCACAUUGUUGUGUAUAGUUUAACACUAACUAGCUGAUAGUUUUACGUACCUAUUAUAUAACAUGUCACGAAAAAUUUGUAUACAUAAUUUAUAAAUGGAAUAAAUUGCUCAAUGUUAUUUAGUGGGUUAAAAAUGUUAUACCAAAACUAUAUUAUGCAUUGUAAGUAAUACAUGUGUAGACGACGAUAAACGUAAUUCUUCACGGCUAUAAUAAAUUAACUUAUGUUACUUGAGCUUUUUUAUAUGCAGUCGGCGACUGGCGACGUUCAUAUAAUGUUGUGUUCCCCUGUUUGAAUGUGUGUAGACUCGCUGAUGCCGCCGACCGCACUAGUUGACGUUGUGUUUAUAAUAACAUAUUAUAAAAUGAACAGUAAACUUACAUAAUACAAAA